AUACGUGUUAUUUAGCGUUAACGCUACGGCGGUGUAGUCGUAUUGGCGCGGCGCAGUGCGUAGCAGUGUAGCGACGACGACGUCGGCGGCUGUGUGGUACACGCGAGUGCAUUUCCGACCUGUGACCGUCGCAGUCUGUAUCGUCAUUGGGCAUAUCGUGUCUUAUAUUAUAUAAUAUAUAAUAUUAUAAUUAUUAUUUUUUUAGUAUUUUUUGUUCACGUCCGCGACAGCCAUCACGUCGUUAUCGUCGCACACGAAACACAUAUUAUCGUCUCGUCACAGUAUAUUAUUAUAUAAUAUAUAUAAUAUUCUGCACCGUAUAUAUUGCGACGUGGGACAGGGACAGUCGAUCGCCACGCUAUACGGUUAUACGCCGCGGAUACGGUACGAUAAACGUUUUUACGCGCACGCGACCGCGCACCCGUGUCGUCGCGUCUUAACGGUCGCGUUAAUCGCCGCGGCGCGCGCGACCAGAGCCGCACGCACACCGUGACGGACGACGGCGGCGCGCACGGCAGCACACCGGUAAGAGUCCGUGAAAAAUAAUAUUAUUUUAUUCGUGUGGUAAGUCGUCGCGCGCGCCGGCGUCACCGCGACCGCUGCAGUCUCGUCGCGAUCGCGGUCGACGCGCGUCCCUAACGAGAGCGCGGCCGAAGAGUGCGUUUAUGCUGGUGCUGCUGCCGGUGCAGCGGCUCCGGCUUAUCGCCCGCCGUCGCGACGACGCCGCCGCUGCCGACGACCAAGACGAUGGUGUGGUAGUCGACGACCGCGGACCGACGACUGCAGAGCUGCAGACCGCGUCGCAUGGACUUGCAGCACCGACAACCCCGACACCGUCCGUCUCCGUCGUCCGAUCGUCCUGCAGAAUUACAUAAUCGGCUUUCUCAAAUGUUAUUGGAACCACAGCAGCAGCACGGUGGUGGUGCAGAUGAUGGAGGCGACGAACGGCAUCGUCGCCACGGACGGCACCAUCACGACGAGCACAUGAGUGACAGCGGUGGCAACGAACAGCAACAGCAACAAAUGAUGUUAUUACAUCAACACCAUCUGAGCCAACAACACUUACAGCACCAACAGCAUCACCUGCAGCAUGGCCACCAGCCGCAGUUGCUUCAACAGUUGCCACAUCAUCAUCAGCAGCAGCAGCAGCAGCAGCAACAGCAACAGCACCAAGACAACGAACUGCAACAGCACCAACAGAUGCAGCAGCAACGCCAACACGAACAGCAGUCGGACCAUCACCAACACCACCAACUGCAUCACGACCACGAGCAGCAACAGUUGCACGAACUCCACCACCAGAACCUACAGCACCAGCAAAACUUGCAACAGCACCAGCACCAGCAGAGCCUCCAACAGCACCAGCAACAGCAGCAACAGUACGGCGAGGUGAACCAGCUGGGCGGCGUGUUCGUCAACGGUCGGCCGUUGCCCAACGCGGUUCGCGUGCGCAUCGUCGAACUGGCCCGGGUCGGCAUCCGACCGUGCGACAUCAGCCGUCAGCUGCGCGUCUCGCACGGUUGCGUGUCCAAGAUCCUGGCCCGGUACCACGAGACCGGAAGCGUCCUGCCCGGGGCCAUCGGGGGCAGCAAGCCCCGGGUGACCACGCCCCGGGUGGUGGCGUACAUCGGCCGGUUGAAGCGCAAGGACCCGGGCGUGUUCGCGUGGGAGAUUCGCGACCGACUGUUGGCCGACGGCGUGUGCGACAAGUUCAACGUGCCCAGCGUGUCCAGCAUCAGUCGGAUACUGCGCAACAAGAUCGGAUCCACUGGACCGGCUCAAAACGCACCGUCGUCGCAGCAGCCCACGACCGCCGUCAUGACCGGCGGCGGCGGCGGUGGCCUGUCGCCGACCACGGCCGCGGCCGCGGCCGCCGCGGCGCAUCACAUGUACGGACCGUACCAUCACCACCAUCACCAUCACCACCCGUCCGCGUCACCGCCGGCCGUGGCCGCGGGCUAUCAUCAGCUCCACCACCACCAACACGGCCAAUACGGCGCCCACCAACACCAUCACCAGCUCUACCCCAACCACCAUCAUCACUACCAACAGCACCAACAUCACCUGUGUUCGCCGCCGCCGCCUCAGCCGCCUUCGUCGGGUCUGUCUCCCGCGGCCACGGGUGGCUCGGCCUGCUGUUCUCCGACCGGGCCGGUCAGGUCUGUGCAGACGUCGCCGUCGCCGCUGCAGGUGACGCAGUUACAACCGCCGGCGCCGCCUCCGCCGCCGCCUCCACCGCCGCAACACUGUUGGCCGAGCCCGCACGCCGUCACCGACAUACUGGCCGCGGCGGCCGCGGCCCAGCAACAGCACCAGCACCACCAACACUUGCACCCGUCGCACCACCUGCACCCGUCACAACACCACCCGAACGGCCAUUACGGCGGUGGCGGCGGGGGCGGCGAAACCGCGGCCACUUCGACGGCCGCCGCCGCAGCAGCCGCAGCGGCAGCGGCCGCGGCCGCGGCGGCCAAUUACGACACGACGGCCGGCGGUAGCGCCGCGGCCGCCGCGGCCGCCGCUGCGUACAACACAUACUGCAGCAGUUACUACCAUCACGCGAUGGUGUACGCGGCCACGGCCGCCGGCAGUAUAGCGGCCGCCGGCCGUCAUCCGUCGCACCAUCUCAGCACCACGCCGCCGUGCACGGCCGCGGCCGUGUGGCCGCACUCGAUAGCGCCUCCCGCGCCGCCGCCGCCGCUGCCGCCGCCGUCGAUAACGCAGUCGCCGACACCGUCGCCGCCGACGUCUGCAGCGGCGGCGGCGGCGGCGACCACCGCGUGACCAUUACCGUGGUGGUGAUUCCCGCUAGCCGGCGGAACGCCGAACAGAAGAAGUGAAAUCGAUCAAAGGUCACUCGUCUGCGUUUGACGCAAUUGUGUGUAAUAUAUUAUUGUUAUAUUAUACGAGUAAAAGACUAAAAAAAUGAAAAACGAAUUAGCUAGGCGUGUACGAUUAUAUUUUGUGUAAUAAAAUUGUGUUCAUUAUAUAAUAUUAUGCAUGUUUUUCCAUAAUUCGUAUAUGAUUUUAACUAAAUUAUGAUUUUAUUUUUAUUUUUAACUGAUCUUAUACCACGUUGGUGUUUACUAUGUAUAUAGGUAUAUAUAUUAUACUGUGCGCGAGUGAUUUCGACCACACAAUAUUUUGUAUGUACGAUUUAAAUGUUGAAAGUGGCAAAAAAAAAUUGUAGUUCAACCGAAAACAUAAAACCAAUUGUCCGUCGUCACUCUUGUCUCGCCUAUUGUAUCACAUGUGUUAUACAUAUACUUCCAUAGGUUAAGCAUAAUAUGUACAUAAAUAUAUUUUUUUUUGUUUGUUUUACAUAAGCGUUUAUUAUAAAUUAAUAUUUUACAACA